AUGCCCUUUUCCUUCUCAUCAUCGAUUUCCAUCUCCUCCUCAGUCAGCCACAACGGUAAGACUGAGGAAAAGCGAUGGGCCCGCAAGCAUGAGAUCAGCCCCUCCGGCACCACUAUUCGAACUGCAUCCAUGCGGACAGGAGAACCGAUCUACGCAGAACGCCGGGACUACGACUCCUCUGGCCGUCCCAUUCCCCAGGGGCGGAUUCUUCGCAACAGCGAUUCAGGACACACGAACUUUGACAGACGUGUCGAGGACGUGUCUGAGCAAGAGGAAAGCAAGAGCUCUUGA